CAGUAGCCAGCCUCUACUCGUAAAGUUCUCUUUGACACUCUUUUCCUGAUUAGUUAUUAAAUUAAAACGGAAGUGAAGUAUGAUAUUACAUAUUAAAUACUAUAGUAUUUACUAAUUAGGUGAUUGUUAUCACUUAUACGUUUAUCGAUUCGUUGUGUCGGUUCUGAUACUGAAGCAGAGCAGAAGUUCUUUUAUUCGUAAAUUUGGUGUUUGAUCAAAACUUAAAAUAUACAAGAUGCCUAAACCGGAGAAAACUCAUCAAGAAGAUGAGGGAGACAAAUCCCAUCGACUUACGAAUGCUGAUUUUCGUAAGUUAUUGAUGACUCCCAGAACUACUCCAGCAACUAUGCCAACCAUGGUUUCCAACUCAGCGACCGCCAAUAAACCGCAAGAAAUUCUGAAAACUAUUCCAAAAACAGAAGGUGAGGAUAAAGCUGAACGUCGUCGUAAGAAGAAAAUAUUUUAUGCCAAACUAAAGAAACAAGAAGAUGAUAAAAUGGCGGAACUCGCAGAGAAGUACAGAGAUCGUGCUAAAGAGAGACGAGAUGGUCAAAAUCCUGAUUAUCAGGUAGAAGAUCCUCUCUCAGUAGCUAGUGGUUACCGAGCUGUUGCUCCAGAUGUUAAAUCUGGAAUGGACGCCGCAGAACGAAGAAGGCAAAUGAUUCAGGAAUCGAAAUUUUUGGGUGGUGACAUGGAGCAUACUCACUUGGUAAAAGGUUUGGAUUAUGCGCUGUUACAAAAAGUAAGGAGUGAAAUUCAAGUGAAAGAACUGGAACAAGAAGAGGAAAUGGAACAAAUAGUUAGUAAACCAGUUAAGAAAGAAAAAAAGAAAGAUGAGAAUGAGAUACAGUUUAAAACUAGGUUAGGAAGAAAUAUUUAUCGCGUUGCUUUGGGUAGUAAAACAAUUGAACGAAAUCCAAUGUUCGCACCUGGUAGAAUGGCAUACGUUAUUGAAUUACAAGAUGAUAUGAUCGAUACUGAUAUUCCAACCACUGUAAUCAGAAGUAAAGCUGAUGUGCCAAGUUUAGAAGAAAAACCGAUGCUGACCACUAAUGAUAUUGUUAUUAAUAAAUUAGCCCAAAUUUUGUCUUAUUUACGACAAGGGCCCAAACAUUCCAGAAAAGCUCGAAGGAGAGAACGAUUACAAGCUGGCGAAGAUAUGAUUUUCCCUGAUGUGGGUGAUUAUGUACCAUCAACAGAUAAACGUUCGGAUGAUAAAAAGAAAACGUCUAAUUACUUCUCUGACACCAAAUCAAACGAACCACGUAGCUCUUAUAAAGAAGAAAAAGCGGUUUCCAAGUCUCAGUCGUCUUCUAAUCACGAAUCGAAGGCAGCUGGAUUACUAUCAAAGUUGGCAGCCGAACCAACUGGGUACGCGGAAUGUUAUCCUGGUUUAGAGGAAAUGCAAGAUGCAGUGGAAGAUUCAGAUGAUGAAGUAGAUUAUACUAAAAUGGAUCUUGGUAAUAAAAAAGGACCAAUUGGUAGAUGGGAUUUCGAUACCCAAGAAGAGUACAGUAAUUAUAUGAACAGCAAAGAAGCUCUUCCGAAAGCAGCGUUUCAAUAUGGAGUUAAAAUGGCAGACGGUCGUAGAACUAGAAAAUAUAAUAAGGAGAAAAAUGAAAGAGCUGAGUUAGAUAGAGAAUGGAAUAAGAUUCAAAAUAUUAUUCAGAAACGUAAAGCUCCUCAUUCAGAUGGAAUGCCACAGUUCAAAAUGCCUCGCUACUAAUUUUUCAAAUUUUAUUCAGCUUUGAAAACUUACGGUUUUUUCAUCAUUCACGUUUCAUAUGCAUAUAUGUACAUUAUGUACGUAAUGCUAUAAUACAUGUAUUUUUUUCGCGUAAUAAAACAGAUAGUUUAAGAAAACAUAAUUUAAGAGUUUAUUGUAACACUUAUUGGAACAUACAAAAUGACGAAUGUAAAAUAAACUAUGUACCAUAUA